GUUAAAUUGCUUUUAGGUUCUCAUUAUAUCAUUUCUCUUUAACUUCGCAAACUUCUCCUCGAUAAAAUUUCUCUCUCUAAAAAAAAACAAUUAGAAUCUUGCCUUUUACAGAGUAACACUACAUGCCGACAAUGGGGAAUAAGAAUUCGAUGUGUGGGUUAAAAAGGUUUCCGAACUACAAGAAGUCUCCGAUCGGUUCAUUUGCGAAAAACUCAUCAUCUCACGACGGUAUUAAAACAAUCGAAGCUGUUAACAGUUGCAGUUUUUCUAGAAAAGCAGAUCUUUGCAUCCGUAUCAUCACAUGGAACAUGAAUGGAAAUGUUUCGUAUGAGGAUUUAGUUGAGCUUGUUGGCAAAGAAAGGAAGUUCGAUUUGCUUGUCGUUGGCUUGCAAGAAGCUCCCAAAGCAAACGUUGAUCAACUUUUGCAGACAGCUUCAUCUCCAACUCACGAGCUUCUUGGGAAGGCGAAAUUGCAAUCGGUCCAGUUAUAUUUGUUUGGGCCAAAGAAUUCACAUACAUUAGUAAAAGAAUUAAAGGCAGAGAGAUAUUCGGUAGGAGGAUGUGGAGGUUUAAUAGGAAGAAAAAAAGGAGCCGUGGCUAUUCGUAUUAACUACGAUGACAUCAAAAUGGUUUUUAUCUCUUGCCAUCUCUCUGCUCAUGCAAAAAAAGUGGAUCAAAGAAAUACGGAGUUAAGACACAUAGCAAAUUCACUAUUACCAAGAGACAAAAGGAAACGUGACCUUACUGUUUGGCUAGGAGAUCUAAAUUACAGGAUCCAAGAUGUCUCUAACCAUCCUGUUCGAUCUCUUAUCCAAAACCAUCUUCAAUCUGUAAGUCAUUUCUUCUUCUUCUUCUUCUUCUCCAAAUAACAAGAAUAGAAAUAACAAAUAACAACUAUUAAAGGAAAAAAGUAGAAGAAAAUUAAUAAAAAUAUCAUUUACUCUGUUUUGUUUAAAAAAAUAUAUCUUGUUUUUUUGUUUUCUUUUCAAAAUCUUGAAUUAAAUUAAGUACAUUAAUUCAUUAAGGUUAAUGUACUUAAUGAGUUAGCCUUAUAAAAUACUAUUCUAAUAUAUGUAAAAGGAAUAAGGUCAAAAUAAAACCGAGUAAUAAUAUGAGACAAAAAUAAGUUGUCAAAUUACCUUAUAAAAAAGAAUGGAGUGCUUUAACAAAAGAAAAAAGAAGACGAAUGGAGUGAGUAUACUCUCUUCAAGUAUAUGUAAUUUAAGACAAUAAGUUUUUAGAAUAUUUUUAUUCGGUUUCAUUUUUUCCGGUUGCAUAAAUAUUGGUUUUGAUUUAGCAAAAUGGACUAUUACCAAUCGAUUAUAAAAAAAAAAAAAUGUUUUCUAUUUUAUACAACUUUGGUACUCAGUUAGGUUUGCUAAUCACUCUUAAUCCUAUUGGUUUUCAUCACUUUGUGCAGGUUCUUGUGAGUAAAGAUCAACUCUUGCAAGAAGCGGAGAGAGGCGAAAUAUUCAAAGGUUACUCUGAAGGAACUUUAGGGUUUAAACCAACCUACAAGUACAAUGUAGGAAGCAGCGACUAUGAUACAAGCCAUAAGAUCAGGGUUCCAGCUUGGACAGAUAGGAUCUUAUUCAAGAUCCAAGAUACUGAUAAUAUUCAAGCAACUCUUCACUCUUAUGAUUCCAUAGACCAAGUAUAUGGUUCUGAUCAUAAGCCUGUCAAAGCGGAUCUUUGCUUGAAGUGGGUCAACAGUUAAAUAAAUGCAUACAAUUUAAUAUGAAGGAUAAUAUGGUAUAUAUGAACGGAUUAUUACUAUUUUGAGAUUAUAUAGUUCAAACACUUUGAGUUCUUUAUUAAUGUUUUUGAAUGUAAGAAACUUGUAAGUUCAGAACUUCUUCAAAGUGUCAAUUGAGAAAGUCUAGUUAAGCCCUUCCCUCAUGCUACUCAGUUGAAUGGUUACGCUUUGGUGUUAGCCUCCUUUAGCUAUCUGUUACCUUGGUCCACACUAGAUCACGUCUCUUUGGUUUUUUAUGUCAUUCAUGAUGUAUUGUGUAGCUCUUUUUAUCUCAUUCAUGAAGUUAUGUGUAGCUCUCAUCAUAUCCACCAAUGCAUUUGUUGCCUACAUGUUGCCUUGUUGGUACCUUUAUCUGUUGUCUAUAGUUUAUAAAAGUGUUUAUAAUUUACAAUCACUUGUCGUUUUCAUUUCCUUAAAACCAUUUUGC